AACCACCACUACCACCACCAUCAACGUAAACAAGAGCGAGAGGGACGCCGAAUAAUAUCACAUUUUUUCUUAUUUUUUUUUCAUAUUUCCUCGUCCCCUUUGAGGAUCCCCGGCGUGUGAGGCGCGGGGAAUAUUCUGAAGAGCCAGUAGCACCAGCAGGAGCAGCAAGAUGGGGCGGCGCAGCAUAAAUACGACGAAAAGUGGGAAAUACAUGAAUCCCACGGACCAGGCCAGAAAGGAGGCAAGGAAGAGGGAGCUGAAGAAAAACAAGAAGCAGAGACAGAUGGUUCGUGCUGCUGUUCUGAAGGGAAAGGAUCCCUCACAGAUUAUUAUGGAGAUGGAGAAAAUUGAUAAUAUGGAGUACAAUGUGGACGUGCCGCCAGCGUUGAGCGAGAAGGUGUUGAAGGACAAGAGGAAGAAGCUGCGGGAGACUCUGGACCGGGUGUUGAAGCUGUACGAGAGGGAGAACCCCGAGUACUGGGUGGAAAUAAGAAGAAUGGAAGGAGAUUACGAGAAGAAGAGACUUGCCCUCAUUGAAUACUUUGACAGCGUCCGCCACGCACAGGCCGUCACCGUCGACGAGAUCCCCCUGCCCAACCUGGACAUGCCCCCUGUCCCCCCCGACGCUGAGGGCACCCCCACCCCGGCCCCAGACCCCGCCCCGGCCCCCACGCCCGCCCCGGUGCCCAACGCCCACCUGGUGCCGUCGCACAGCAUCCUGAAGAAGAUGUCCGCCUAUGCUGCCGAGCCGCGCCGGCCGCCCGGCUGCCCCCCCACCCUGCCGCCCGAGCUUAGCGACGGGGAGGAGGAGGAGGCCAUGGAGGCGGAUGGCCCGGGUGAGGUGGAGGCGCGGGAGGAAGAGGGGGAGGGGGAGGCGCCCCGCAGCCGCACCAUCCGCUUCGAGGACGGGGACGACGGCCUGGGCGGGGGAGAAGAGAAGGACACGCGGGCCACGGUGGCCUCCAGCAAGGGCCUCACCAGCCUGCAGACCAAGCUGCUGCAGAUGUCCGGCCAGGACAUUGACGACUUCAUGCGGGAGACAGAGGUGCUGUUCAGGGAGAAGGCUGCGGAGCGGCGCGCUGACCUGCGGGCCAGGCUGGACAAGCUGGACGACGACCCCCCCACCGCUCCCCGCCCCCCGGGACCCCCACACCAGCCUCCCCUCCUGUCCAUGCCUCCCCCCUCCCAGCCACGCGGCCCCCCACUGGGCAUGCCCCCCGUGUCCGCCCCCUCCCAGCAGCCCCCCUCCUCUGCCCCCUACCUGCCCACAGGCCCCCCGCCGGCCUCCACGGUGGUGGCUCCAGGGGGCGCCCCCCCAAACGUGGGCCAGGUGGGCCUGGGAGGGGUGCCCCCCGGUCAGGUAGUGGCCGGCCCCCCAUCCAGCAUGCCCCUGGUGCCCCCUGGGGUGGCCCAGGUGCCCCAGCCUGGCCAGGCUGUGCCCGUCAACCCGCCCCCCACGGGGCCCCUCGGCCAGCCCUCCGUGGUGCCCCAGGUGGCCCCCCCAUCGGUGCCCCAGGUGGCCCCACCCCCCACCGGCCCUCCCAAUGCUCCACCACUCAUGUUCCGCCCCCCACCCCCCAUGCGCACCAACCUGCCCCCCCCACCCGGUGUGCGGCCCCCACCCAACCCCCUCCCCCAGGGCAUGCCCCCAAGGCUGCCAAACAUGCGCAUGCCUCCACCCAUGCCCCCCCGGCCCCCUAUCCGGCCCCCAGGCAUCCCCCCAGGCCUGCCUCCCCCCGGCCUACCCCCCCGCGGCCUGCCCCCCCUGCACAACCCCAACGUGCUGUCAGCCGGCCCGCAGCUCAUCGCCCGGCCCAGGGACGACGACAAGAAGCACUCGGCCACCAUCGAAGCCAAGCCGCAGAUCAGGAACCUAAGUGCAGACGUGACCCGUUUCCUGCCCACAGCGCUGCGUGUCAAGAGGGAGGACAAGAAAAAGAUUGGGAAAACACAGACGGAUGUCAAGGAGCUGCCAGGAGGAAAGGCUGAGGAGACAGACAGGAAACCAACAAAAGAUGAUGCUUAUUCACAGUUUAUGAGAGAAAUGGAAGGAUUAUUGUAGGGGGGCCUGGUGCACUGACCCCCCUCCUCCUCCACCUCCUCCCAUCUCUCUCUCUUUCUCUGUAUGUGUGUAUGUGUGUGUGUGUGUGUGUGAGGGGGGGUAAUGAAAAGGAAAGGGGUUUGUUUUGGUUUGUUUAGUUUAGAGAGAGAGAGAGAGAGAGAGAGAGAGAGAGAGAGAGAGAGAGAGAGAGAGAGAGAGAGAGAGAGAUUCCUAUGUUAUCUCUUAUGUGUGUGUGUGUGUGUGUGUGUGUGUGUGUGAGAGAGAGAGAGAGAGAGAGAGAGAGAAUUCUUACAUCAUUUUUUUGUAUUUUCAUUUAUGAUCAACUAACUGCCUUGAAAACUCCAACAACUUCCACUGCAGCCUAUUAAACUAUUAGAAUCAUGAAAAACAUCCUUGAAAACCCCAACAACUUCCAUUGCAGCCUGUUAAACUAUUAGAACUAUGAAAAACACCCUUGAAAGCCCCAGUAACUUCCACUGCAGCCUGUUAAACUAUUAGAAUCAUGAAAAAUAUCCUUGAAAACCCCAACAACUUCCACUGCAGCCUAUUAAACUAUUAGAAUCAUGAAAAACAUCCUUGAAAACCCCAACAACUUCCAUUGCAGCCUGUUAAACUAUUAGAACUUUGAAAAACACCCUUGAAAACCCCAGUAACUUCCACUGCAGCCUGUUAAACUAUUAGAAUCAUGAAAAAUAUCCUUGAAAACCCCAACAACUUCCACUGCAGCCUGUUAAACUAUUAGAACUAUGAAAAACACCCUUGAAAGCCCCAGUAACUUCCACUGCAGCCUGUUAAACUAUUAAAACCAUAAAAAAAACACCCUUGAAAACCCCAACAACUUCCACUGCAGCCUGUUAAACUAUUAAAACCAUAAAAAAACACCCUUGAAAACCCCAACAACUUCCACUGCAGCCUGUUAAACUAUUAGAACCAUGAAAAACACCCUUGAAAACCCCAACAACUUCCACUGCAGCCUGUUAAACUAUUAGAACCAUGAAAAACUGGGGAAAUAAUGAAUAAUGAUACAAAUUUAUAUAUAUAUUGAAUUUAUUAUAUAUACAAAAUUUGAAUAGACAAACAGAGUAAUUUCAGAGAGAGAGAGAGAGAGAGAGAGAGGCUGCUAAUAUCCCAUCACUUACUUCAGCUGUGUGUGUGUGUGUGUGUGUGUGAUUACAACACUUCAUCAGAUUCAGAUUUGUAGAACUAAAUAUAUGAAAUGAAAAUAAA